AUGAAUCUCACCUUCAUAAACUGCUACCUCCCAUGUAGCUCCUCUCAAGAUGACCUGGCCGAAUAUAGCCUAUGUCUAUCCACCAUCUCCACCAUUAUCUCUUCCCACACUAACUCUCUUAUUGUCAUAGCUGGGGACUUCAACGCUGACAUAUCUAGUCCUUCGCCAAAAAAGAAAUCUGCUAUUCUGCUCAACGAGUUCAUUUGUGAAAAUGGUCUAGCCAGUCUCCUACAAGAUGUGGGCUCAAAGGAGCUGUAUACCUUCAUGUCAGAUGAUGGUACACGCACCUCAUUGAUUGAUGGUUUCUUAGUACCAGCUCACUCUUCCAGCCUCUUCAGCAAACCAGCAAUCCUGAAAGAGCAUCCACUUAACACAUCUGACCAUCGGCCAGUUCUUGUAUCACUUCACCCUCCUCACCAAUCUGGUAUAGUCUUCGCCUCAUCAUCCUCUGCUCCCAUUGCUGAAGGAAUUCAACGCAUUUCCAUCUCUUGGCCCUCUGACUCUGCUAUCAUCCGAGAUAAAUAUACCAUCCCUCUUGAUUCCAUGUCCGCCAAGAUCUUUCUCAAUUUAGACUCUCUGGAGCUUUCCCCCAUAGACAUUGACUCCAUCUUUAAUAUCCUCCAGAAGAAUAUGCUUACUCUCUCUCUUGAACUUCCCCACAAAGUUAAUUCAAAGAAAAGGUCUGGUAAACAAGAAUGGUCACACGCUGUGAGCGAAGCAUAUGCCAUCUCCCUCUCCACCUGGAAAGCGUGGAGGAAUGCUGGCAAACCUACAGAAAACAACAACUCACUCAGAUCCAAGUACCUUACCGCCAAGAAGAACUUCCGCAAAUCCCUUAGGCAGUCCUCUGCUAAGGUUAAACUCAACACAAGAUUGGAGAUUGAAGGUGCUCGUAAUGCUCCUAUUUUCUAUAAGUUAGUCAACAAGCGAAAAUCAAGUAAUGCUCCAACUCAAAAUCUAGCCUACUUAGAAUAUGACAACACACGCUUCACAGGAGAGCAGGUCAUCGAAGGUUGGCAGAGAUACUUCUCCAUGCUCUCCGCCUGCUCUCUCAACCCAGCUGAAAGCCCUGUAGAAGACCCGGACAUCAAUCAUUCCCCCUUCGUCGCCUCUCAGCCCUCUAGUUCCUGCCACUCCAAGGUAGCCUCCUUGUCAUACCCACCCCUCCACUCAGGUACCGCCUCCACUCCUCAACAAGUUACUCUUACCCUGGAAGAUAUAGACAAUGCAAUAGCCUUACUCAGACCAAAGAAAGCCCCUGGAUCGGAUAACAUAACCUCCAAUCAUGUCAAGCAUUCAGGACCUAUUACCCGCAGACUGCUUCUUCUUCUCAUUCAAUCUUGCAUCAGAAUUGGAUACAUCCCCUCCUCUCUGAAAGAUGCCCUCAUUAUUCCCUUGCACAAAGGCAAAGGUAAACCCAUACAUGAUCCAUCUAGUUACCGGGGUAUCUCCCUUACCUCGUGCAUGUCUAAACUGCUGGAGAAUGUUCUGAAGCCCCAUAUUGAAAAGCCUCUCUCCUCUGUCAAUGUUCCGGACGAGCUUCAAUUCGGGUUCCAGGCAGGAAAGUCGUGUACUCUGACUUCUCUAACCCUCCAACUCUCAAUCGAACUCAACAUAUCUGCUAUGAACCCUACCUAUCUUACCCUUCUGGAUGCAAAUAAAGCCUUCGACUCUGUUUCUCAUAGUGGCCUCUUCUCAAAACUUCAAGACACACCAAUUCCAUCCUCUGUACAAUCUACUUUGAACGCCCUCUACCAAGGUGCUUCAGCCGUGUCACCUGGAAAGGUUCUGUCAGUUCCUUCAUCCCUCUAA